AUGGGUGGCGGGGUCUGCAUGUACGCUGCUGCCGACAUCUUGACAAUGGAACGCAAAGAAGUGACUGAUCUCUCCGUCGAAAUGCAGUUUGAAGUAUUAUUAAAUAGCCAGCAAUAUGCGUACCAGCCUGGUCGCUCGACAUCAGAUGCCGUGCGGGACGUGGUGGGGAGAGUGUUAGGGCACCUGGAAGACUCGCGACAGGUCGCCGCCAUCUUCUGCGACUUGUCGCGCGCCUUCGAGACUAUUGACCACUCUCUUCUUCUUAAGAAAUUGUUUAAGUACGGUGUCACAGGAUCAUUUCAUAAAACGAUUUCUUCCUUCCUAGAAAACAGGAAGCAACGCACCUACGUGCUAAACUCUAAAUCCGACCUUGAGUCAACUGUAGUGAGCGACGUCCCCGGCUACUUGCCCCGAGGCGCCGACUCGCCAAAUCACGACGGUUACUCAGCGUCAUAG